AUGAAGACCAAAAAAUUUCAUGUCCCAUCCGGCUCUCUGGUGUGCCCAUCCCCUGAAGACAGCGAGGGAUUCGAUGACACUCUUGGCCUCUGCGUGUGCAGCCCGGCCUUUGGGGGGGGCGAGGUCUGCGGACCCUGGUGUGAGGGGUGGGCCCCUCGUCCGGCCGCCUGGCUGGUGUGCGCUGGUGACCUGAGGCUCCUCUACGGGGACAGCAGCCUGCGGGCCAGUGUGCCGACCAGGGUGCUGGCCUCCCUCCUGAAGCCGUGGACCUGGCAGGAGAGCCUGAUGUGUGCCGGGGGAGUCCACUUCUCACAUGAGGUGUACCUGGUCCGGACUACCGAGUCGGGUUUUGUCGGGGUGGUGAAUGCUGCUCCAGAAGACGUCCAUCAUUUGUUCCAGGAGACCCUAGAGAGCUCGCCAGGUCCAUCCACGCCACCUGAUGGCACAGAGAGCUCAGGCAGUGCCUCUGAGGAGGAAGGGCCACAUUGGGCUAGAUGGUCAAAAAGCAGGACUGGGAACUACAGCAGGGCGGGGCUCCUCAACCCCACCACAUGCCUGCACCUAGGGGACAUCCUGCUGUUCUCUGUCACGCCAGAGCACCACCCACAGUAUGACAGGGAUAACCUCUAUAACACUAACGAAGGCUUCGACUGGGGGCCCUUUCGCAGCCUGGCUCAAGACAUGUCUGUGAAGGGCGCCCCCCCCGGGCUGUUCUUGGUACUGUUCCACGAGCCGGGAGUCUAUGCCUUCAAGCUGAGCAGCAACCCUCACAAGCACAUGUUUGUGAAGGUCAUGCCGUCGGGUGGGCAGUGCUAUGAGGUUGGCCCGUUCUUUCCCACAAUCCCACAUCAUGUGACCCGCAUGGGCAUCUCCCGGAAGCGUAACCUCCUGCUGCAUCCUGAUUGGCUGGUCAUUUGGGGACUUCUGGCUGGGGCUGUGCUCAUGCUGGGCAUGUGUGUCACUCUGCUGGCCCUGUUUCGGGAGUACGGUUGGCCGCAGAAGGUGCCGAUCCCCGUGCGCUACAGGGCCCUGCAGCUCAGGUACAGCCUGGAUGACUACUCCUCCAAGGGUUCCAGCCUUGCAGCCGUGAAGAAGGUUCACCGUAACCUGCAGGCCUCAGAGUCAGAAGGCACGGCACAGACAGUGUCACUGACAGCCCACGAGUUCUGGGACUACGAGCAGCAGGUGGACCUGGAGGCCUUCAGCAGCACCAUGUUCUUCGAGGUCCUGUUGAGGCACAGCGUGUCAGUCACGGCUCGGCUGGGCCAGCUGAGGACCGAGGUAAGGGAGCUGUACCAGGUGGUGGCUGGCUGGUUCAGGGCUCUGCGUGGCCUGGGCGGACGGGCCACUGGGACCGUCCCCCUGGGGUAUGAGGAGCUGCGCAGGCACGUGGAGAAGGAGCAAGGCCGUAGGAGGGCUCUGGCUACGCAGCUGGGGCGUCUGCUGGACAGUCAGCUGCGCGUGCUGCAGAUGGAGAUGAUGGCUCGGAGGCAGGCUCAGCAGGACUUCGGGGCGCGGCUUAGGGAGGCCCUGCGGCUCCUGGAGCAGCCCCCCCUGCACGCCGAGCAGCCCUGGGACCAACAGCUCCAGCAUGCCCAGGACCGGCUGUCCACCCUUGCCAGCCAGAUGGUUGACCUGGCAUCCAGGGAGUGCCAGCGACAGGGCGCAUGGGCCAUCCUGGGGGAGGGCACAGGGGCACAGCUGCUCUGCCCCACCCGUGGCAUGGUCCUUACCAAGGAGGAGAUCAUUGCUGCAGAUGGGGUCAUUGUUGCCAUAGAGGCCGUUUCUGUGGACCCCUGCACCGGCUUGCUGGUUCCAAAGCCCAAUGCCCGCAUGCGUGUACCCAGCGGCCACACCAUGCCCGUGCCCUCGGACUUCGUCCUACACCCUGAGACAGGCCGGCUGCUGCCCAUGGCAGGCAACGUGGCCUACAACCCAGCCAGCUCCACCCUGAUGAUCACAGCAGACACCCGUGCAGCUGAGCCGGCCCGGUGGGACACCCCUCUGCUGCCCUUUGUGCCGUUCCCCCUGUCCCGCCACGGGCCCAUCACCUGCCAGCUCCGGGGUCUCCUCCCGGGACAGCGGAUGGUUCUGGGGGGACCCAUGUGCGACCCGAAAACUGGGGUCCUGGUUCCAAUCCUGGCCGUAACUAUUCACCCUGUGUCCGGGCUUGUGUUUCCCCUGGGAGGGGUGCACAUGUGCCCCCUUACAGGGCUGCCCCGGCCCAUCCAGGUGGGGGCUCCGAUGCAGGAGCCCGAAAGCGGGAGUAUAGCUCUGGUGACGGGUGUCAGUCUCAAUCCUCUCACAGGUGAGGUAGUCCCAGUGGGAGGGGUGCUCCUGGGGGAGUCCUUUGUGGAGCCCCUGAGUGGACGGGAGGCACGGGUCAGGGGGGCUGGCCUCCGGGGGGGGAAGCUAGUGCCCCACGCUGGCGGUUACCAGGCCUUGCUGGAUUCACAGGCGCUGGCAGCCUGCAUGAGGGUGGCGGAGCUGCUACAGGUGGCCGUCAGAUCCAGUGGGCGGGGCCGCAGAGGCGGGGUCAGAGCGGCGGGGGCAGAAAUGGAGCGGGCCUGGAGGAGCAGCGAACAUUGCCUGCUGCAGAUGGUGUGUCGCCUGGAGGUCAUGCAGGACUGGGCCUGGUGGCUGGCUCAGGAUGCGGGUGUUCAAGGUGAGAUCCAGUUUCCUGGCAGCGAUCUGCGGCUGCCCGCUCUGCCUGGCCUAGAGUACCCUGACCCGGGUGGCUCUGGGUUACGAGUCCCGGUUCUGGGGUCACAGCUGGACUGGGCUUCGGGUCGCAUGGUACCCCUGGCAGGGACGAUGGAGGAUGCCAAUGGAGGAGGGCUGGUUCCCAUACGAAUUGGCUCUCAAACCGUGGACCCUAACAGCGGUGCCAUGGGGCCUGUGGUGGGGGCUCGUUUCGACUCACUCAGAAAAUCCGUCGUUCCCAUUACUGCAUCUGACAGGCUGGCUGAAGGGAGGAAAGACACGGUGCUGAUGGACAUUCUGCAAAGAGAGUGUUCUUUGAGGAGCACAUUCUGGGUGCAGCAGAGACAGCAGGAAGAAGAGCUGCUCAGAGACCUUGAAAGAUCAUUACAUCAUUGCUUUCAGGCAGCCACUCAGUCCACGGAGCAUGUGCAGAACUGUCAGGCGCAGUGGAGGGAGAGAGAGAGGCAGUUUCAGGGCACUGUGGCAGAGAUGAACCAGCAGAAGGAAGCAGAAGCACAGAGAAGUGCUGAGGGACGCUCACACCUCCACCUUCUGCUGCCGGUGCAAGUGUUUGUCAUCCUGACAGAAGAUGAUGAGCAGCAGCGAGAGAGGCAGGUCUGGUGGCAGGAGGAGCUGGCAGCCGGACUGGAGAGGAUCAGUGUGACUAUAGACAGGCUGCAGCAGGAGCGGGACAGAUGGAUGGUGCAACACAGCAUGGAGCGCCCCCUGCUGCUGAAGGAACAGUGGGAGCAGCUGAACAGCAGGCUGGUGGAGCUGGAAGUGGCCCUCACUGUGCAGCACUGUGUUCGUGAGCAUAGCCAGCUCCGCAUGGACACAGCAAAGGCUGUCUUGUCUGGUUCCUUCUGGUACAAAGACUUUGGGCUGCCCUACAUCCGAGGCCCCUCAGAGACACAGGGGACAGAGGCCGUGGUCCAGCACAGAGUCCUUCCUCUUCUACAGCGGCUUCUCUACUUGCUGGAGGAACAGAAGCAGGGAAACAAGGAGAGCCCAGGCACUUCCACCCAGUCUCUGAAGCCAGUGGACAAGUCAAAGUCUUCAGGCCCCUGGACCAAUCAGCUCUACUCACAAGAGAACCAGAAGAAAGCCCUACAAACUGUUCUCCAAGGAAAAGUGCAGGACUGGGAGGAGCUGUUGCCGCUGUCUCCACUCUUCCAGCAGCUGAGGAGCCUGGAGGAGCAGCUGAGGAGCCUGGCUGUGGAGAAGGGCAUCUUGGGAGGUUGUCGCGGCUCCCACAGCACAGGCGGAAGGCAGCCCUUCAUCGAUCUGCUGGACGCCCAGUGGGAGUGUGAAGGAGAGCUGGUUCCCCUGAGCCCAGACUGCCUGAACGCGCGGGAGGUCCUGCUGUACCAGUAUGGGGUGUCCCUGCUGCAGGCGCUGCACAAUCACGCUGAGGUCAGGCACAUCUUUAACCAGUGCAUCAGUUAG